GGCAACACUUACGCGUCUAUUGUCAAAAUGGUUGUUUAUCAUUGAAGUCAUUCACAUUUUUCCGAAAAAUAUACAUUUUACAAUCGAAUGAAGUAAAUUUAGUUGAUAAAUAACAAUGUGUGACGAAGAUGAAGCCUUCUGCCGACUGUGCGCCGAACCAACGAACAAAGAAACGCUAAUUUCCCCCGACGACGAUGUCGGAAUCAAUUCUAAAAUAGCUUCGAAACUAUCCUGGAUAAAUAUCGAUGUUUCAACAACAGAUACUCUUCCAAAAAGCAUUUGUUACUCAUGUUUCGACUUAUUAGAACGUACUUGGUCCUUCUUACACAACGUGAGGACCGCACAAACAAAAUUGAACGAGAUUUUCUUAAAGAAAGAUGAUAAAGAAAAUUUGUGUUCCGAGGUGAAAAACUUACAAAAUAAUGAGGGAAAACCCGUGAAUAUGGACUGGGAAGACUUUCAGGACGUCAAAAGAGAUGUUAAACCUGAAAUUUGUGAAGAAUUGCAGAUUGUAGACCCAAAUUCGUUGUUAGAAUUAGCUUCUGUUAAAGUAGAGAGGAUAAGUGCUGAAAAUAUACUCCAAAACUCUGAUGGUUUUCGCAGUACUGACUCCGACGCACCUUUAUACAUGUCUGUUAAGAAGAAAAAGCUGAAAAAGAAAAAGAAAUUAAGGUACAACUCUGAUUUGGACACUGAAAACAAUGCGAAUGAGAUAGAACAGGGUGCGUCUCUCACCUGGGACGAAUACAUGUGCCGAUGUGCUGACUGCGAUGCUCAAUGUAAGAACAUAAUGUCUCUACGGCUACAUGCGUUACACAUACAUUCCCGUUGUUGCACCUUCAAGUGUUCUGACUGUGGUAAAGUGGUCAAUAACUAUAAAUCUUUUGUUAACCAUGUUCGUACACAUAAAAAACUUCUACGAUACUGCUGUGAAUUUUGUAAUAAGUUAUUUACUAUGGCAGCAUAUUUAAAAAAGCAUAGAAACACAUCACAUUCGAACGCAUACAGACUGACGUGUCAAAACUGCGGUUCUGUCUUUGAAAAUGAAGAACUAUUGCAAGAUCACAUAAUAUUAUACGCGAAACCGUUCAGAAAACGGGCUGUAAAAUGUGAAAAGGAGUACGAAUUGAAAUGUGAACAUUGCAAUAAGGAAUUCAAAUCUCGGAGCAACUUACAACAGCAUAAACUAGUACACACGGAACGUAGCAGAGAUUUCUCCUGUCAUAUAUGCGGUAAGAUGUUCUUCACUAAAGGAACUCUGAGUACGCAUAUGAUGACCCACGAAGACACGAAACCUUUCAAAUGCGAAUUCUGUCAAAUGACGUUCCGUGCUCGAGGGAAUCUUCAAUCCCACAUCAGUUUACACUCUGGUGCGAAACCAUUUGUCUGCGAACAAUGCGGAAAAAGCUUCAGAGUGAAAAGACACUUAAAAUCCCACUCGAUAGUACAUACAGACUUAAUGCCUUACGUUUGUGAAUAUUGUAAUAAAACUUUUAGGUUCAAAACACGGUUGAAUUUACAUUUAAGACAGCAUACGGGUGCGAAACCGUAUAAGUGUAUUUAUUGUCAAAGAGAUUUUACGAAUGGAUCUAAUUUUAAAAAGCAUAUGAAACGUAGACAUAAUAUAGAUACUUCUAGAAGACGGGUUAAUAUUGUUGUGGAAAAUGAUAGGAGUAUCGAAGCUAGUGAUGCGGAGGCUAAUCAGACAUAAAUAUUGUUAUAAAGUUUUUCAGAGUACCCAAAGUAAGACGGGCCUUUCCUUUUCGGGCUUUGCCCAACUAUGUUGGGGUCGGCUUCCAGUCUAACCGGAUGCAGCUCAGUACCAGUGUGCCACAAGAAGCAACUGCCUAUCUGAUCUCCUCAACCUAGGUACACGGGCAAUGGUGACUGAUAUUCAACUGUCACCGGGCUGUACCUCAUGAACCGCGAUAGCUAGACAGUUGAAAUUUUCACAGUUAGUUAUUUCUGUUGCAAUUUUAAUAACAAAUACUGAAAACUAUAAUGAAAUAAUUAUUUUAAUGGUCCCAUUUAAAAAACAUUUUCCUUUGGCAUGGUCCGGAACUUCGUGCGCCAGUCCGAGUCGCACUUUUCUGUUUUUUUUUCUUCCAGUUUAUACAUAUUUACAAAAUAUUAUGUUAACUAGCUACUUCCAGCAUUGCCCCCUUAUCAGGCUAAAAAAUAGUCCAUAAUCACUGCCCAGAUACAAUCUACAUAUAAAAAUUUCAUGUCAGUUCCAAUAUCAAACAAUGUAAACCAAAAAAGGGGUGUUGGCAUUUAUAAAAUUAACUUGCAUUGGAGGGAACUAGGUACUACAUACUUCCUGAUAUACUAACAGAAUUUAUCCCCAUGCCAAGUUUCAUCUAAAUCGGUUCAGCCUUUUUCAGCAACAAACAAAUAGACAAUUAGACUGCCAGUAGAACUCAGUUUUAUUUUAAAAGAUUGUUAGCUAUAUUUGUACCAUUUCUGUUAAUAGUAUUAAUUAUUAUUAUAAAACCCAUAUACAGUACUUAGUAAGUAAAUAAAGCAAUAUUUUAUUUA